UCAGUUUAUUAAAAAAAAAAAGGGGUAGUUUUGGAUUAAAAAGUCCAGUCCAAUUUCCUAUAUUCUUCUCAUUACCAUAGCCAAUCUCUUCCAUCUCUCUGUUUUUUUCUUCUUUCUUCAUCCUUCUCUCCCACCCUGCAACUCAAAAUUCCAUUGAAGAAAAGUUAAACAUCAUGGAUAGAGAGCAGGAAGAGAUGCAAUUUCUUGGGUUCUUUGGCAUCUACAUGGAAUCCUUCAAGGUCAUCUUUGCAUGGAGAAAAAUCUUCAGCAAGAUCACUUUAUCUUUAAUCCUCCCUCUAUCUUUCAUCUACCUUGUUCAAAUGGAAGUAUCGAGUCUUUUCUUCAGGAAAAUUAUCCAUAACGAAAUAGAACUUGAUCAUACUCGAUCAGGCACUCCCAAAUAUGAGAAACUAUCUGACCUUAUCUCCGAUGAAUGGGCAUACUUUUGGCUUUUCAGGGCUGCCUACUUCACUUUGUUCUUCAUCUUUUCCCUUCUUUCAACUGCUGCAGUUGUUUACACCAUCGCCUGCAUAUACACAGUUCGGGAACUCACGUUCAAGAAAGUCAUGAGCGUCGUUCCAAAGGUUUGGAAGAGGCUAAUGGUUACUUUCUUGUGUACUUUCGUUGCCAUGGUUGUCUAUCACGUUGUGGCUUUCGUUGUCUUCUUUAUUUGGGCAACUUCAAUCGGAGCAAGAGACAUGGGUAUUGCUGUCUUUGUUGUUUUAACGAUUUUGUACAUCAUAGGGUUUUUGUAUUUGACCGUAAUCUGGCACUUGGCAAGCAUUGUCUCUGUUUUAGAAGAGGCCUACGGGUUCCAAGCCAUGGUCAAGAGCAAAAACCUGAUCAAGGGAAAGCUAUUGGUGGCAACAGUCAUUUUUCUGAAGCUCAAUAUCACCCAGCAGAUCAUCCAGUAUGCAUUCCAGAGGCUGGUUGUGCAUGGAAGCACCAUGGGCAUGGCUAGCAGGGUUGUUUAUGCAAUUAUUUGUUUCUUGUUGCUUUCCAAGCUAUUUCUCUUCGGAUUAGUCAUCCAGACAGUGAUUUACUUUGUCUGCAAAUCUUACCACCAUGAAAACAUCGACAAAUCUGCUUUGGCGGAUCACCUGGAAGUCUACCUGGGAGAGUAUGUUCCUUUGAAGGCCAAGGAUGUUCAACUAGAGCAAUAUCAUGUUUGAUUGACUUUCAAGUCUAUUUAUAAAAAUAACGGAUCGAUGAAUGUAAUAGUUAUCUUGAUUAAUGGUGUUUUUGUACCUAUAUGUUAUGAAAGUAAUUAUAAUAUAUUUCACGGCCAUUUUUUUUGCU